UCAUUGUGGGCGUCAAUAUUUGAGAGUCGGCGUACGACUCGCCACCAUCUUGAAACCGUCUGUGCUCAGCUCAGUGCUUACUCAAAUUUCGUCAAUAUGACUGGGAUUUUAUUUUAAUGACGCGAUGGUUGACAUUUACGAUCUCAAUAUCAUGUAAUUAAUUAGCUACUUUGACAUGUGCGUGAAUUUGUGAGCAAUUUCCCAGCUUUCCUGAAGUCGAAGAGUCUAGUUAUAAAUUGAGUUUCAGUUUGAGUGAAGCGAGCGCGUAUCUCUUCUCCUGAUAAUUUCUCGUGCCAUUUGAAGUUUAUUCACCUGUUUCGUAUUAAUGAGCUAUCCUCCGGUUCUCCAAACUUGUCAAUUAUUAUUUUCUCCAUCAGAACCAGAUUUUAUUGAAUGGUUAUGUCGUACCCUGGUAGGCCACCCUUGGUCCCCGCCGGCAUUCCAAUGCCAAGCACAAUGCCAAUGUCAUAUGUGCCUUUAGGAGGUGCUCCUUCCCACUUUAUGCAGGUUCCAAUGCCCCAUAUGUUGGCAGGACCUCCAAUGGCUACCAUGGGAGGACCCCCUAUACGCCCAUUUCACCCACCUCGUGCACCCCAUCAGAAUCCUCCUUCAUCUGGCUCAGCUCCAAGUACAAACAGUGCUCCUCGUUCUGAGCGAGGUUCUUUCCAAAAUAAACGAAAUUCUGAACCUGUAGAAGGACCAUCAGUAACUGUCUUUGUGGGCAACAUAACUGAAAAAGCUCCAGAUGCUAUGAUACGGCAUAUUUUAGCAUCAUGUGGCCCAUCUUGUGUGCAAUCUUGGAAAAGAGUUCAAGCCUUUGGGUUCUGUGAAUUUGCUGGUCCAGACUCAGCUCUCAGAGCUAUUCGCCUUCUUCAUGACAUGGAAGUUGGCAAUAAAAAAUUAGUUGUCAAAGUAGAUUCUAAAACACAAAUAGAGCUUGAUAAGUACAAAGCGGAAAAACGAGAGAAACGUUCUAACUCUCCUCUACAAGAUGAAGCAGCCGACGAAGAUGACUAUUUAAGUGAGGAGAUGCGUCAGGCCGACAGGCAAGCCAUGGAGCGUAUCAGAACUAUCAUGCAUGAAUUUGAGCCUGACCUAAACAAUGCCUCUCAUGGAUCUAAGGAUCGCUCAAGGAAAGAUUCAAAAAUUUCCAGGACUCAAGAGAAGCUAAUGAAACUAAGUAGAGAUGGUGCUGGAGAAGAUGGUGAUAUUUCAUUGAAUUUAGAUGAUGCUGACAUUGAGGAAGGAAAAAGGGACUUAAUUACCAGAGAAAUUGGGAAGUUCAGAGAAACAAUGAAGCAAGAGGAGGAGAAACUCAUGGAGCAGGAUCGCAAGCGAAAAGAGUACGAGGAGAAGAUCCGCGAAAGAGAGCUGGACCGAGCCCAGGAGCGCGAGAAGGAUAGGGCGGACCGCGCCGACAGAGACAAGGAGCGCGCCGAGCGGGAGAAGGAGCGCGCCGACAGAGAGAAGGAGCGCGAGCGCGAGCGGGAGCGCGAGAGAGAGCGCGACAGGGAGCGGGAGAGGGACCGCAAGGAGGACAAGAAGAGCUCCGUCUCGCCCGUCAGGCUGAGGUUCUCUCGGUCGCCCCAGGACGUUCGCUCCAACCGCUCAAGGUCGGCGUCGCGCGAGGGCACCCGGGGCACGCGGAGCCAGUCCAUCGAGAGCACGUACUCCAGCAAGACCAGCAUUAAGGCGAGGGAACGCCGCCGGUCUCGCUCCAGGUCCCACGAGAGGGAGAGGGAGCGAGAGAGGGAGCGGGAGCGGGAGCGCGAAAAGGAACGGGAACGCGAGCGCGAGAGGGAGCGCGAGCGGGAACGGGAGCGGGAGCGGGAGCGGGAGCGGGAGCGAGAACGGGAGCGCGAGGUGAGGGACCGGGAUCGCGACCGGGAGCGCGAGCGGGAGCGGGAGCGCGAGGAGCCGCGGCGGCCGGAGCGCGCCCGCGAGGAGGAGGACGAGGCCAAAGACAAGAAGAAGCUGGAGAGGAAGGCGCGCGAGAAGGAGGCGCAGUACCAGGAGAGGCUGCGCAGCUGGGAGACGCGGGAGCGGAGGAAGAUCAAGGACCUGGACAAGGAGCGAGACAAGGAGCGCCUCAAGGAGGAGGAGCGGGAAAAGGAGGCCAAGAAGCUCAAGGAAUUUCUCGAGGAUUACGACGACGAGAGGGAUGACAUCAAGUACUACAAAGGCAGAGAGCUGCAGAAAAAACUAGCCGAGCGCCAGAAAGAAAUUGAGGCAGACACCAGAGAUAGACAGAAAGAAAAGGACGAGCUUGAAGAAUUAAAAACCAAGAUAUUUUCUGAGGAGCAUGCUGAUCCUAAUGCUGAGUUUGAAAGGCUACGGAGGGAACAUGAAGAUCAAUAUAAGCCUAAGAUUAUAAUUGAUGUAAAUUUGGAGAACCUUAAGCAACGAGAGAAAGAAAAAGAAAGAGAGAAACAAAGAGAAAUGGAGCGUGAAAUGGAAAGGGCUGCCAAGGAAAGAGAAAAGGAAUUGGAGAGACAGGAGAGAGAACAUGAGCGCAUGAUGAGAGACUCCUCUGAACACAUCUCUAGUGACCAUGAAAGGCGAAGGGGAAGUGAUCAUUCUGACACGAAGUCUCAUGGUGACGAUGGUCAUCACCACCACCACCAUCGCCAUAAACAUCAUCACCACCACCACCAUCAGCGACAAGUAUCAUCAGGUUCUGGACCUGCUAGUCCUGCCCCAAGCUCGCCAGAUGAUGAUGAUCAUCACUAUGACGAUGGGCCUCCCGAAGAAGAUGAUGUGGCAUUUUGCCCCCCACCUAGUAAUGGAGCCUCAGCUCAUUGGAUCUCUCCAGCUAAGAUUGAUUUAAAGAAAAAAGAAAAGAAAAAAAUGGGUGUUAAAGAAGCUUUCAAUACAGAUGACGAUGAAGAUAGCAGUUUAGGCUCUGCAAAGAAAAGGAAGCUCAUUCCUCUUGAUUAUGGUGAUGAAAAGAAGAAGGUUGAUAAAAAAGAUGAAAAAGACAAAGAAAAGGAGAAGAAAGAUGAGAUUAACAAGAUUCAAGAGGAAAAGAGGAAACACAUCAAGUCUCUCAUUGAUAAAAUUCCAACAGACAAGCAAGCUCUGUUUCAAUAUGAGCUUGACUGGUCAGCUGUUGAUAAUACAUUAAUGGAAAAAAGAAUAAGACCCUGGAUUAACAAAAAGAUUAUUGAAUACAUAGGUGAACCUGAACCAACUUUAGUCGAUUUCAUUUGCUCAAAAGUAAUGGCUGGGAGUGCACCUCAGGGUAUUCUUGAUGAUGUGCAAAUGGUCCUUGACGAAGAAGCAGAAGUAUUUGUUGUGAAAAUGUGGCGUCUUCUCAUUUAUGAAAUAGAAGCAAAGAAACUGGGACUUAUUAAAUGAGAAUGGCUUACCGGCUCUAAGAGAGCCGGAUCCAAGAGUUCAAAAAAAUGUGACUCCCCAGAGUUUGUUCCAUAAGUUGGCUGUGGUCAAGCAAACUCUUCUCUGGUUUCAUCCUUUACCCGAGACAAACUUUAAUCCCAAGACAAAGAAAAGACACUGCCGAGGGGGCCUUUGCCCAUUUCCAAUAAAAUCCUCACCAACUGGGAUGAAUCUUAAGCCUGUAUUAGAGAAAGCACUGGAUCAAAAAAUGUGCUAGUGUUCUUUCUUAACUGUGUUUGUCAGUGAGACUUUAGUGAGAAUGAAUUCUUCUGAACAUAGAUCCAUCCCCAUUUGCUGAUCUUACGUGCAACUGCAACACCCUGGAUUUGACCAUUAAGUUAUAACAGUGUUUUCACAUUGAAUCAUGUUGUUUCCUGUGUCAGGGCCUUUACAGUAUGUAAUGAUUUUUUUAGUGCAGUCAUAUUCAUUAUGUGAUGUAUAAAUAAAUUGUAUCUUAAUUUA